CGCCGUUAAGAAAAUGACGCUUCAGUCUCGUCUUUGCGCUCUCUCUUCCACGGCACGUGUUUUAUUGGCUCCGCUCUCGCUGAAAGUCUGGGCUGACAAUGGAUGCUCGAGUAUUCGUGUACCUGAUAAACGUCAUGGAUCUGGAUGCUUGCCAAGAGUUAGCGGUCUUAGUGGGAUUAGGGCUUUUUGUACUAACCAAGAUUUGUCAAUCAAGAAGUGUGUGCCAUGCAGCUCCAAAGAUUUGAAGCCCAUGACUGACGAGGCUGCCAACAUUCUGAUCCAACGGGUACCUGGAUGGAAUCUGGUGAAAGAUGAUGAUGGUACACACAAGCUCCACAGGUCAUGGAAAGUUAAGACGUUUGUGAAAGGAAUGGAGUUUCUUCGUCUUGUAGCUGACGUCGCUGAAGCAGAAGGUCAUCACCCGGAUCUUCAUCUCGUUGGAUGGAAUAAUGUAAAGAUUGAUAUAUGGACACACGCAGUGGGUGGACUCACCGAGAACGACUUCAUACUCGCUGCAAAGAUUAGUGGACUCAAUCUCCAUCACCUUCUUAGGAUUACACCUUCUCAUUAGUUACCUACAUUAGUUUAUUAGUUUCUGUUUUUUUUUUUUUUUUUUUUGCACUCUGUAAGUUUGUCGAGAUCGAAUUGAAGAUGAAUGCAUUUUAUUACUCAAUUAAAUAACGGUCUUCUAGAUGCUACACCUCGUGAUAUGCAAGUGUGUAGUUUUACAA